AUAAAAAAAAAAAAAAAAAAAAAGUUUUGCAGCUACUUCCGUAUGGCUUCGGAAACUCGAAAAGUUGUAGUUCAUCUGAGAGCCACCGGCGAUGCUCCGAUUCUCAAGCAAGCCAAAUUCAAGAUUGCUGGGACUGACAAGUUUGUAAAAGUAAUCGAUUUUCUUCGUCGUCAGCUUCAUCGGGAGACAUUGUUUGUGUAUGUAAACAGUGCAUUCUCGCCAAAUCCUGAUGAGUUGGUCUCAGACCUCUAUAAUAACUUUGGUUUCGACGGCAAAUUGGUGGUGAAUUAUGCAUGCUCCAUGGCGUGGGGGUAAUUACUACCCAGAAUUUAUUCUGUACAUUCGUAAAGUAAAUAUAGGUCCUAGUGGUGGUAGACUGACAAUUCGAAGAUGAUACUGCUAGUGAAAAUGGUCGUCCCUCAAGAAGUGGCGUGCAUUUUACAAAAUAGUUUACGGUUAUUUUCAUUCCACAGACAUAUUCUUUGCAGAUUAAAACUCGUUCUGCGAAAGAAAAUUAUUUUCGAAUAAUGCAAUAUUGUGGCCCUCCUAUAUUACUUUUAUUGUAUAUAUUUGUUCACCGGGAAAAUAAAAUUCUGGCUCGGCCAC